AGCUCCUCCUGCAAAGGGUCUCUAUGAAGAAGAGAAAAAGUACAACAAGCCAUGGCUCCCCAGCCACCAGUGUGGAAACCAUCCUCGGUAACAGCGUGCUUAGCGCCUCAGCGGUGACCCCCUGGACUGCAGCCCGCCAGGCUCCUCUGUCCACACCAUUCUCCAGGCAGGAAUACUAGGGUGGCUUGCCACCCCCUUCUCCCAGGGAUCUUCCUGGCCCGGGGACGGAGCCCGUGUCUCCUGUGUUUCCUGCAUCGCUUCUGUACCCGCUGAGCCAUCACAGAAGUCAGUUUCGAAGCCAGUAACAGAUUCCUAGGAGCGGGGAGGCUCUGGGAAGGAAAGGGAACAGGGAGAUGGGAGAGGAAGCCAGUCAAGGGGCACCAAGGCCUGAGUGAGGUCCAGGGGUGGGAGCUCUCAGAAAGAGCCCUGGGGCGCCAAGGUGGGAGGGGGUAUUUGGGCAAAUGCCUUCCCUGCAGAGCUGGUCCCCGGCUUCCUCCACCAGCGCGUCCCUCCCCCGAGCCUGCCCCAGUCCCGGGCCCGCCCCGCCUGCGCACCCCGUGAGACCGCGGGGGCGGCACCGGCGCCUUCCUGCUUUGCCCUUGUUUGGCGACCCGGGAGGCCGGCCCACGGCUACUUAAACCGCGGCGCUGGAGAGGGUGCCAGGAACAGACGGCUGGGGCAGUGCGGCCGCCGCGAGAGCCUGGGGAGCGCGCGCAGGAAGAGGGGGAAGGAGAGGAAGAGGAGCGGGAGGAGGGGAAAGGAGGCUUCCAAGGGCCAACAUGGGGCUGGAGGCGGCGCGAGAGCUGGACUGCGCGGCGCUGGGCGCGCUGCUGCGGGAGCCUCGGGAGGCUGAGCGCACGCUGGUGCUCGACUGCCGCCCCUUCCUGGCCUUCUGCCGCCGCCACGUGCGCGCCGCGCGCCCUGUCCCCUGGAACGCGCUGCUGCGCCGCCGCUCGCGGGGCCCGCCCGCCGCCGCCCUCGCCUGCCUGCUGCCAGACCGCGCGCUGCGGGCGCGCCUGGCCCGCGGGGAGCUGGCGCGGGCCGUGGUGCUGGACGAGGGCAGCGCCUCGGUGGCGGACCUCCCGCCUGACGGCCCGGCCCACGCGCUUCUCGCCGCGCUCCUGCACGAGACCCGCGCGGGACCCACCGCCGUGUGCUUCCUGCCAGGAGGCUUCGAUCGCUUUCAAGCCUGCUGCCCCGAUCUGUGCUCUGAGUCCCCGGUCCCCGCGAUGACGCCUGACAACGACAACAGCCGCUCCGACUCCAGGGCUCCCUCUUAUGACCAGGGCGGCCCCGUGGAGAUCUUGCCCUACCUAUACCUGGGCAGCUGCAGCCACUCGUCAGACCUGCAGGGGCUGCGGGCUUGCGGCAUCACCGCCGUGCUCAACGUCUCGGCCAGCUGCCCCAACCACUUUGAGGGCCUCCUGCGCUACAAGAGCAUCCCCGUGGAGGACAAUCAGAUGGUGGAGAUCAGCGCCUGGUUCCCGGAGGCCAUUGGCUUCAUUGACUCAGUGAAGAACAGUGGGGGUCGCGUGCUGGUGCACUGCCAGGCAGGCAUCUCGCGCUCCGCCACCAUCUGCCUGGCGUACCUGAUACAGAGUCACCGCGUGCGGCUGGAUGAGGCCUUUGACUUUGUGAAGCAACGCCGGGGAGUCAUUUCCCCCAACUUCAGUUUCAUGGGGCAGCUGCUGCAGUUUGAGACUCAGGUGCUCUGUCACUGAGGCCGGGCCCCACCAUGCUGACUCCACUAGGGCGGAGGUGCGGAAAGCUGUCUGAUUCCUGGGGACAACUGGGGCCCCAGUUCCCCACUGAGUCUCCCACCUCAGGGACAGCUGCCCCUUUGGAGUUUGAGAAGCCUCCAGGUGGGGGCACUGGAAACACGGGGAUGCUGGACUUUCUCACCUGGUGCUCUUCUGCUAGAGGGUUGAGGGCCAGCCCUCAUCCUCAUCCUGGAAGGAGAUUGGAGGGCGUGUCUGCCUCCCUCCUCCCUCGUCCUCUGGCAGAAACUAACUGGACUCUACACCCUCGACUCCCACUGGUCCCACCACCCUGUUGGAGUUCUUGGCAGCCUGAGGGCUUUAAGAAACAAGCUGUGACAACCAGGGCCCCUUUCUCGGGGGUGGUCCACCCCGGGCCUGGAGCCUGAGCCCUGUGCCGGGGCUCAGGGAAGUGACGCCUGUGCUGUGUCUGAACUUCUUGCUUGCGUGUGUGCACAGGAGCGUUUCACGCCUGUGUUGACGCUGGAAAGUUAUUUGUGAUCAACUGACAUUUAACACUCCCUCCUCCACUUCCUCUCAGCCCUGUGGGCAGCGGGGAGGGUGUGGGGGGUUUGGAAACUUAGCACUUUAUAUUUAUACGGAACAUUGAAGAUGCGUCAAUAAAAUAUUGUUUUGUUUAAGAAACGA